AUGGUCGGGCUCGCUUCGGCUGCUGGCCUUGUUGGCUUUCUCUCGGAGCCUGACUCAGAACUGAAGGUGUUUGCUCUGCAGACACUAGACUCUCAGAUCGACCUUCUCUGGACGGAAGUAGUUGAUGCUAUCCCGCAAAUCCGGCGAUUAUGCGGCAACGGAUAUCAGACUAACAUUCAAUUUCUCAGAGAGGCGCUUUACGAAGAUGAAGAUUUCCCCGAACGCGAACUUGCCGCUCUGGUCGCCGCCAAGGUCUACUACCACCUCCAGGAAUACCAUGAGAGCAUGGUUUUUGCAUUGGGCGCUGGGAAACUGUUCAACCUUGACAACGGCGGCGAAUUUGAGGAGACUAUUAUUGCCAAGUGUGUCGAUACUUUUAUUUCGCUGUCCACCUCCGAACGGCCUUCAGCGGGCGAUCAGCCUACCAACUUGAACACUGCCUUCCCAACUUCCGUCGAGGGUGCCAGUAGCACUUCCGCCAGCCUUACGUCCCCGAUCACCCCGUUCUCACAGUCUGCUUUGCCGUCAAAAUCACUAUUAUCUAGGCAGGAAGUUACAGGGGUGGACGGCGCCCAUCCCGGCGCCGAGGAGACCGGUUCGAAUGUCGAGGUUCCACUCGUCCUCAAACGAGGCGUCCAAGGCCAGUUGAAAGCUGUCAUUGAGCGCCUGUUCGAGCAGUGCUUCCUUCAGAAACGAUAUCGCCAAGUGAUUGGUAUUGCUAUUGAAGCCAAGGACCUGGAAGUUCUUCGAACAGCCAUAAUGCGCGCUAGCGAGGAUGCAAAACAGCAGAAUGGUGAAUCCCGCCAGAGCGAGGAGUUGAUGGAAUAUGUGCUGGACAUUUGUAUGGGUGUUGUCCAAGAGCGAGGAUUCCGCAAUGAGAUCCUGAAACUCAUUCUUGAACUGCUCAACGAGAUUCCUUCGCCCGAUUACUUCGCGAUUGCCAAAUGCGUCGUAUACCUCAACGAACACUCCAUGGCCUCCGUCAUCCUUCGCCAAUUGGUUGAAAAGGGCGACGCUCGGUCACUUGCGGUGGCCUAUCAGAUUUCUUUUGAUCUUUACGACAACAGUACUCAGGAAUUUUUACAAAAAGUCCAUCAAGAGAUUUCUGAACUCGUGCCGGAGAAGACCGAAGACUCAGAGACCAAAGAAGAGGAACCAAAAGAGUCGGACGCGUUAUUGGACAACCAAUCUUCAUCUAUUGGUGCUAACGCUGAUUCCAAGGUGUCAGCAGAGGCGCGUACUGCGUUUAAGAAUAUUCUCGAUAUCCUCGAUGGGAUCAAAACCAUUCAGCUGAACAUGGAGUUCCUGCAUCGGAAUAGCAGGGUUGAUAUAGCUAUUCUCAACAAACUUCGAGACACCUUGGAACCUCGCAACUCGAUUUUCCACUCGGCGAUAACGAUCUCAAAUGGAUUUAUGUACGCUGGAACAGCGCAGGACAAAUUCUUCCGUGAUAACCUGGAAUGGCUUGGAAAGGCGGUUAACUGGUCCAAGUUUACUGCGACCGCUGCUCUAGGCGUCAUUCACCGUGGCAAUUUGAGCCAGGGUCAGAGGCUUUUGCAGCCUUACCUUCCAAAGGAGAACAGUAUCGAUGGCGUCGGUAACUCUGGAUCUCUGUAUAGUCAGGGCGGCUCCUUAUAUGCGCUUGGUUUGAUCUAUGCCAACCAUGGCGGAAUGGCUGUCGACUAUAUUCGUGACCAGUUCAAGAAAGCUACCGAAGAAGUGAUUCAACACGGUGGUGCCUUGGGUCUUGGCGUUGCGGGUAUGGCAACAGGAGAUGAGGGUAUAUACGACGAUCUGCGAAACGUUCUGUACACCGAUUCUGCCCUCAAUGGUGAAGCCGUUGGUCUUGCCAUGGGCCUGGUCAUGUUGGGAACCGGUAACAUGAAGGUGCUUGAGGACAUGAUCCAGUACGCUCAUGAUACUCAACACGAGAAGAUUGUCCGGGGUCUAGCUAUGGGAAUGGCACUGAUCAUGUACGGUCGGCAGGAGGCUGCUGACGAGCUGAUCAACGGCCUUCUUGGUGACCCUGACCCAACCCUUCGUUACGGUGGUAUCAUGACAAUCGCUCUCGCGUACUGCGGCACUAGCAGCAACAAGGCUGUUCGCAAGUUGCUCCACGUCGCUGUCAGUGAUGUGAAUGAUGAUGUUCGACGUGUCGCCGUUCUGAGCUUGGGCUUCAUCCUCUUCAGAAAACACCAAAGCGUACCCCGCAUGGUUGAACUGCUGUCGGAGUCUUAUAACCCCCAUGUUAGGUACGGUGCGGCGAUGGCUCUCGGUAUCUCAUGUGCCGGCACUGGUCUCGAUGAAGCGAUUGAUCUCCUCGAGCCGAUGCUGAAGGAUUCAACCGACUUCGUUCGACAGGGAGCCCUGAUUGCUCUGGCCAUGGUGUUGGUGCAGCAAAAUGAGGCCAUGAAUCCCAGGGUCAGCUCAUUACGCAAGACUAUGAUGAAGAUGGUCAGUGACAGACAUGAGGACGCGAUGGCGAAGUUUGGCUGUGCAAUCGCUCUUGGUAUAAUUGAUGCCGGUGGUCGCAAUUGCACGAUCAGCCUGCAAACACAAACAGGAAAUCUCAACAUGCCAGGAAUAGUCGGUGCUGCUGUUUUCCUCCAAUACUGGUACUGGUUCCCUCUCACUCAUUUCCUGUCACUAAGUUUCGCCCCAACCUCUGUAAUCGGUGUCGAUCAAAAGCUCGAGGUGCCCUUCUUCAAGUUCCACAGCAACACAAGACCUAGCCUCUUCGAUUACCCCCCAGAGCAACAGGUCAAGGCUGAGGAAGCGCCGGAGAAGGUCAAGACCGCUGUUCUUUCUACAACUGCGUUGGCCAAAAGACGCGCACUGCGCCGUGAGAAGCAGCACAGGCGCGAGAGUAUGGAUGUCGACCAAACCCCAACGACUCCAAAGGUAGCGGAUCAGAUGCCUGAGAAGAUGGAGACGGACGAGGACAAGGGCGACGAAGAGCUGAAGGAAGGGGACAAGGAGGCAGUCGAGGGACAAAAGAAGAAGGCUGAGCGUGAAAAGGUUGGAUACGAGCUUGAGAACAUGUCUAGAGUGCUGCCUGCGCAACUAAAGUAUCUCACAUUCCCCGAUCCGCGGUAUGAGCCUGUGAAGAGGCCUACCGGUGGUGUUGUCGUUGUCCUGGACAAGACACCUGAGGAACCUCGCGACGUCAUUGAGCUAAAGGCUAGUAAGGAAACCAAGCAACCUGCACUUGCAACGGAAUCUGCCGUUCCAGCGGACCUACAAGCCCGCCUGGCAGAAUUUACGGACCCUAGCAGACUCUUGGCAACUCCGCGUCGUCCGGAAAACCCCCUCAGCGGGUCAGGGGCUGCUGCUGCUGCUGGGGUAUUGACCGCUGUCGAUGAAGAUGAAGAUGGAGAGGAAGCGCCUGUUCCCGAAGAGUUCGGCUACACGAGCGAGGGCGAGGCAGAAGAGUAGAUAUGUGCAAUAUCGGC